UUUAAUAACUGAAUUUGUGUGGCCAUGGACAAGGCAUUGUCUCUCUGACUUUCCGUUUUUUCAUUUGUAAAAAGAUGGAAUUGGAUGCAAAGAUCUUAGUUUUCCUCUAGCCUUCAUCUCGUGAUUCUUCGAAUAUGAACACGUGGAAGACUUUUGUUCCCUUCAAAAUAAGACAUUGGUCAUGAAAAGACUGGCGUGGAAGAGGACGCCAUUUCACUUGCAGAACUGGGUUACUUAAUUUUCUGACCUGCACACUCUUGUAAUUGAUGAUAAAAACGAAAGCUCCUAAUUUUCUCCUCAUUUCCAUCUCAUUUUCAUAUUUUAUGGCGCUAACAUUGUUUUAGAACAUUCAUCAAUGAUUGUGGAUCUUGGUAACUAUGGAAACUGAACUGCCAUAAAUGAAGUGGCUCUCAGCUCAAGAUGCACCACAUCCGAAGGUAUAAUUCUUGCAACAAAGGCUUCCUAUAUUAAAGUGGGCACAGAAAAGCUGGCUGACUUCUAUAUUAGUCAUGGGAAAUCUUCAUCCUGAUGAUCAGGGAGAGGAAAUGGCUGUUCAGGGAAAUACUGUGGUCAUGGCUUAAGAUAAAUCUGCACAAAAGAAAUGGGAUCAAAAAGGAUCACAGAGAUGACCUGAAUAAUGCCAAAAGAGCUCACAGGUCCUCAAAUCAAAAACCAAUCCAGAUGGUUUACCAGAAGAUUAAGAUGAUACAUGCUUUCAUUAUUAUUCUUGUGGUUUCUUGUUUAUGUUUGCUCAUUUUUAAGAUGAGUUCAACUGAAAUUUGCAUCCUUUGUAUAAGAAAAGAAGGCACAAUACUUUUCAAGAAACAUAGUGGGAAUUUUCUUCAGUUACCAGAUAUAGACUGCGGAAAGAAUCCUCCAUUUUUAAUUGUGAUGGUGACCUCGUCCCACAAUCAGGUUGAAGCACGGAUGGCUAUCCGUGAGACCUGGGGAAGAGAAAGAAGUGUAAACGGUAAACGUAUAAUAACAUACUUUCUGCUAGGAAUCACAAGUCCAAAGGAUGAUUAUGUGGUGACACAAGAAAGCCAGAAAUACAGAGAUAUUAUCCAAAAAGACUUCUUAGAUGUAUAUUUCAAUUUGACUCUUAAAACUAUGAUGGGGAUAGAAUGGGUUCAUCAUUUUUGCCCUCAAUCUGACUUUGUGAUGAAGACUGAUUCUGACAUGUUUGUAAAUGUCUACUAUCUAACUGAGCUCCUUCUAAGGAAAAAUAGAACUACCAGGUUUUUCACUGGUUUUUUAAAGAUGAAUGAAUUUCCAAUUAGAAGACCAUUUAAUAAGUGGUAUGUAAGUACGUAUGAAUAUCCAUGGAAAAAAUAUCCACCUUUUUGUUCUGGAACAGGCUAUGUUUUUUCUAGUGACAUUGCAAGUGAUGUUUAUAAUGUUUCAGAAAAAGUUCCUUUUAUUAAACUGGAGGAUGUUUUCAUGGGACUCUGCCUUGCAGAACUAAAAAUUAAUCUGGAAGAACUCCACUCAGAACAGACAUUUUUCCCAGAUGGGCUCGAGUUUUCUACAUGUCGCUUUAAGAAAAUUGUGACCUGCCAUUUUGUCAAACCAUCAGAGUUGCUGGUGUAUUGGAAAGCUUUGGAGAGGUCCUUAGAUGAAAAGUGUCCAGCUGAUUGAAAUGAUAGUAAUGACACACCAGGACAAAUAUUAGAUACUAUGCAGUGACUAUCUUGGAAGAAGAAGCACAUUUUUGAAUGGCAUUGUUGAAAAUCACAACCUAUCAGCAUUAGGGAGGAGAAGAGUAUUCCCAACACAAGCCUAAAAUUUAAAAACCCAAAUGAUAAUCCUGAAAUGAUUUAUCUAUUCUGAAUUUGAGCAUACUCAAAAAGAAAAUGACCAAGUAUCAGAUGAAUGACACCUCUAAUCUUCUCAUUCUCCCUUUCUCUCAAUCAUCCUAGCAAACUUUGAGGUUUAUACUAUAUCUGAGUAAUAAAUAUAUCAUCCUUACAGAUGUCACCAGCUCCCUGGCUUCAUUGAGACCUGCCUGGACAAGCAAGGAAGCUUACUCGUCUCUACUUAGUAUUCAUUGCUUCAUUGAGAUGAAUCAUUAUAUCUCAAUUCAGGUCUAGACAACAUCCAAUUCUAAACUGGAGUCAGCAUUUAUUUGGACAUUAAGUUCAAAGCCCCAAGUGUUAAAACAUUGGGUAUGCGGACCAUUCUGUUAUAGCAGACUACUGACUCUCAUUACAGCUUGAGUUGCUCUCUGAACUAUUUUGCCAUUGGAAUUCAAUUCUAUAAGUCAUUGAUUGCUCAUUUGGUAAAGAAGAACCACUGUUGGGAAUAAAUACAAGGGCUCAGAUAGUCAUCCUUUCUUAUUUGAUCCAGUUUAGUGGUAGGGAAACCUUCAUCUACAUAGGAUGAUAGAAUACUCAUUGUCACACUCAUUUGCUUGCUGACAACUCCCAUCAUGUCAUCUGAGUGAUGAUACUAUUUGAUUGAGUCCUAACUUUUUUGCACAUCCCUUGCCAUGAGCUACUGCUGCUCUGGGGACACUGAAGAUCCUUUUGAAAAGUUCGGGAGGUCUUGGACCUUUUGAAAUACACAAGGUUCCAGUCCCGGACCCAGUCAUCAUGGAAUAAUUCUCCAUCUAAGAUGAGGAGGGAAUAAAUACAAAAGAACAUGUUGCACUUAUGACUGUACAGAAGUUGGGUGGGAGACGGGACUCUGGGCACUUAGGAUAUAGCUCUAGAUUACUUUUGACUGGAUAUUGGAGUGGGGAGUCUUCAAGGAGAAAAUGGCCUUGAAAUAUGAGAAGGAUUCCAAUAGGCAAAGAUGAGGAAGGAGUCCACAUAUAUGAGGGACAACUCGCAGGAAUAUGAAAAGAUGGUAAAGGAAGGGUUCAUCUUGUCUGGAAUAUACCAUCCUGUGCAUGAAAUCAGAGAAGAGUCCAGGUUGAGCAAAGUUGACACAAUGAUUUCUUAUUAUUUCAUGUUUGAAUGUUUAUGACUCCAUUUGUUUUUAACUAGUCUCCAUACUUGAGUCAACUUUAUAUUUCUAGAAACUUUUCAUGCUUUUUAGUUGGAAAGGAAGAAGAAAUUGAAGACCCCAGCAGCUUGAUUUUUGAUCAGUUCUACCAGCUCAGCAGCCAGUUUAGGAGAUUAUAAUCAUCUAAAACAAGUUCUGCAUGAUCUGAAGUAGGCCCCCUUACAUUUCUAUGUGAUGCUUUGGAACCAGAAAGACCUUGCUGUGCAUGCUUCAAGGAAUGGCCUUUUUGGAGCCAAUUUAUCCAUGUUAUAUUCAAACAGAAUGCAAUGAAAUGAUGGUAUUUCUAAAAUGUUCAAAUUUAGGGUACAAGCAUUAGGGCAUGAGCACAUUCAUUGUGGGAUUCUUAAUUCAUGAAUUAAUUUUUGCUGUUACUAUUCCUUUACUAUGUGCCAGCCAUCUAAGAAUUUCAGAGAUGCAGCUUUUUGGAUGGAGCUAGCACACUAGGUAAGAAAGUCCUGAACGUGGAGUGUUUGAGUUUUCCGUCUUUUCAUUUAAAUGGAAGUCUGUGCAUACCUUUUCCUUGGGGAUAUGGGUACAUUUUUGCAAAGGUCUUCAAGCUUUUUCAAAGUACACAUUUCAUUUGGUAAAUUAGUAGUUUGUUUCUAUUUAUUAUAAAGAAUCUCAGAAGAAUAGAGUACGAAAUGGUGCUGUUACUACAGAUAUUAGUGUGGAAUGAAAUGAAAUGGAGGUCUUUCCCUUGAAUUUAAGAUCCUCUUGUAUUUGACUCAAAAUGGUCCUGCCAGUUCAGAUGAAAGAUUUAAUGUCUAUUUUACGAAGCUUACAUAUUCUUUUGAAGAGACUUUUAAAAACUUCCUUUGCUUGUUUUGAAGGUUUCAGUAUACAUUCAAUUAAAUAAAUAUUUAGUGUCUAUUAUAUGGAAGGCAUUACACUUGACACUAAAUAUAUAGCGAGGAAAAAGACAGCCAAUGUCUUUGAGGAGCUUAUCCAAUGAUGGGGGGCACAGAGGAGAAAUAAGGCCCCAACACAAAUAACUAUGACACAAGGGCGAGUAAAAUAGGAGAAAGGAGAGGUCAACACAAACUUUCAAAAACAUGGAGAAUGUAGAGAUCACUCUUGACUGGGUCUUGGGUAGAGAAGUAUUUAUGGAGAAAAUCACCUUUCAAUAUGGGGAAAUUUCAGUAGGUAAAGAUGAGGAAGGGGCCCGUUUUCCUAUGAAAGAUAAUCUGCAUAAAUAUAAGAUUCACCUGGGCUGGAAUGAAAUCAAGAAACCAUUUUGGACAAAGCUGGCACAAUCAUUUUGUACUCUUUCACAGGUCUGAGUGUCUAGGAGUCUAUUCAUUUGUGCCUAGUGCCCAUCAUUGAGUGAGCUUUAGAUUUUACUGAGUUUGGAAUGUGAUAGGAAUGUACCAUGGCUUACUAGUAGUGGAAAAUGAAUUCUCAUGGAUUGAAAUGGGUUUUCACGGAUUCAUCUGUGCUCCUGAUUAGACUUCUGAUCCCAGCCCACAUAUGUUAAUUCCUGGACUGCCUAGAACACAAUACCACCAAUCCAGGCUUCUGCUUGUCCAACAGAGGGAGAAUAGGUUCCAAACAAGACUCACCAUCGCGUGCUUCUUGGUUGCCAUGGCUACAGAACCUUUCAUCUUUUCUAAGCUUUCAUAGACUCCUGGGUAACAUUUCUGGUUUCUGCUCAUGCCACUGGGACAAAGUAUCUCCCUCUUGUGCCUUUGCUACUAGAACAUAGCAGAGACAUGCCAGUACCUCAAGGAAUGUCCCUGAAUGUUCUAAUGCCAUGCCUUCAUUAGCAGGCAUCUUCGUAUCUACUGAUAUUUCAUCUGGACUCAUUUUCUUAUUCCUUUUUCCUCUUUAGUCUCACCUUCCCACUGAUAUAUACUCUCAAACCCUGAAGAAUACCCCCCCCCCAACCCUCUCUGUCAAACACUAAACCUUGCCCACCCGUGUAUCCCUCCAGAUUUGCCUUCCCCUUCCUCAGUUUACCCUGAACCCCACAAAUGACACUUUCACAUUAAGUCUCUUCUUCUCUUACUUCUUCCAGAUAGGAGCAAUUCCCUAGAAAUAAUGCUGAAUCCAUGAACAUACAUUCAGUACUGGUUGUACUUGCUUUCCUGGUCCCUCCCCACAGAGUCCGGUGAUCGUGUUCAACAGCUCUUCCUCCCACAUACCCUGUCCUCUCUUCCAUUUCAUGACCUUAUUCAGCACCUCGGCCAUCUGACUGUUCCUUUUCAGUCCCUUUGGUGGGAUCUGCAUCCAUAUCAUGCUCAUUGUGAGUAGAGUCUAAAGCAGCAUUGACUAAAGCUUUCAAGUUCACAUGCCCAAACUGAAAUUUCAUGCACUCCCCCAGAGAGUGGGGGGAGGGUGUGCUUGCUUUGGGCAGCUGGAUACAGGGGCGGGGCAUGCAAAAAGAGGGGGAAGUGCUGGCUCAGCACUUGUGCCACUGUUUCACCAAUGCUGCUCCAAGGCAUUGUCCUGGGGUUUCAUUUCUUUUCUAUUAUCUUUCACUUGAUUAUCUCAUCCACUUGGAUCUAAAUAGCCAUUCCUCCACAAUAGCUCCUGCUGCAGUCCCACGGCAUUAGAGACUUAGUGGACAUUUCAAAUUGCGUGUCCCUCAGAUACCUCAAACUCAACAUAUCUAAAACCAAACUCAUUAUCUUUGCCUCCAUAGAGAACCAUUUACAGAGAGCAACUUCAGCCUUUUAGCACGGACUCAGCACCUCGUUAUCAUCAUCCAAUCUAAUGACAAAUAUUUUUUCUCUGCAGCAUUUUGAGGACGUGUUUCUUUUUCUCUACUCCCGUGAUCAUCACCCUAGUUCAGGCACUCCUCUUGGAAUUGCUGCAAUAGUCUCUUAAUUUGCUUUGUUGCCUACUUUAAUUCAUUCUCCACUCAGCUGGCAAAUUAAAUUUCCUAAAACAUAGUUGACCAUCUCAUCUACCUCCUAUCCCAUUCAAUAAACUCCAAUGAAAGUCUGUAUCUUCUGGGGUCAAAUAUAAUAGAUUCCAGUUCUUUGGUAUCCAAAAAUCUUUACAAUCUGACACGUUCCUCUCUUUCUGAUCUUGGUACACAUCCCUUAACUUUAUGGGCUCUAAGAGCCAGCCAUGAUGGCCUCCAUGUUGUUCUUCAGCCCUAACAUUACUCCUCCCAUCUUCUGACAUUCACUGUUCUCCACUCCUGGAAUAACCUCCCUACUUAACCUCUGCCCCACAGAAUAUUUGCCUUACUUCAAGACUCAGUUUGAAGGCUGUUUUAUUGAGGUCCUCUUUCCUAGUCACCUGGAUAAAAGGCUCCUCCUUUAAGUUUGCCCUUUAUUCUGUAUUUGUCUUAUACAAAGUUAGACGUUGUCUUGCCCGUUAGACUGUAAGCUCUUUGAGGGGCAGGGGCCAUUUUAAAUGUUUUUGGCAAUCCUAGCACUUAUCAAAAUGGCUUGUACCUAGUGCAUUCUUAAUAACUGCUUAUUGAUUGCUUAUUUCUUCCACCGUUUACAAGUGUUCAUAAAAAUGGGGCAGCAGACCAGAAUAUGGCUACGGAGUAAGGUAGAAUUAGUGGUCUCUACAGAUUAAACUCACAACAAUAACAUCAGCAAAUAGAAGUGUUCUUAUUCAUCAGCCAGCUGAGCGAAGCAGCAAAAGGACCAUCACUACAGACGGACUUCACUUUCUAGAACACAUAUAUUCUAAAGAGACAGAGAAAGAACUAGGACACAGUUUGUACAAAUUAUGUAGAAAUCCUUUUGUCAAAUGGCACCUUCUGUAAUGAAGGGAGGUAGUUAACUAGGUAUUUUAAUGUAACAAACAAGUAAAUAAAUAACAUUUUAAAAAGUUUUCUAUAAAUCAGAUUACACUUUUCCUAUUGGUUUUUACAUAAUUGGAGUUGGAGAAAACAUUUCAUAUUGUAAUGAAAUGUUUAAGCUAGACGAGAGCUGAAGAUUCUCGCUUAAUUCCUUUGUUUUAUACACGAUGGAAAUGAUGCCUGAAGAGUUAAACUGGUCUGAAGUUACAUUGAUAGUGGCAAAGCUAGGACUGUAAUUUGUUUCCUGAAUUGUACAGGGUGAAUAUUAACCCCGAAAACCUAUAGACAGGAUGUGCUAAUAAUUCUGCCUCUAAUAGUAAGUAGGAAGAAGAUGUAAAAAUCACAUCUUUAGGAAAAAAGAACUAAUUUUCAUAUGUUCACAGUAAGUCACAACUGAUCACUUGAGUUAAAUCAUGUGCACGUUUCAUUGAGUUACUCCCCAAUAAAUGAGGGGUGACACACAAAAGAAGAAAUGUGUUCUUCAAAACAAAAAAUACAAAUGUUAACUCUCUGAAAACAUUACAAAUGAUGAACAAUCAAGCAAAUAUAAAUUAAAAUAACCGACUGUCUCGCACUCAAGGUAGCAAAGAUUAGAAAAUUCUUCAUUGAGUGGGCUCUAGGAAAACAAUCUUGAUAAUUUACUGCUGGUAGAGCUGACAGAAGUUCAACUCUUCCAGAAAACAAUUUUGAAUUACGCAAGAAAAACGACUAAAUUGUUUCUACCUCUUGACUUAUUUGGGGGACUAUUUCCCAAGAAAGUUAUUCACUAUAAGGAAUGCCAAAGCUAGCAUCUAUGUUAAAUUCAAAACUGGCAACACGAGCUGCUUUGGGACAUCUUGAUUUGAUGUCUUGUAGCCUCUCCAAAUUCCACAUGUCUCUAUACAUAUGUCAGUGUAUUUUUCUCCAAAUGCUCCCCUCUCCAGCUUCCCAACCUCUGCAUCGCCCUUGACUCUUCACUGCCAGAUUGUUGGUCUGAUUUCUACUUUUAUGGCAUCUGUCCUAUGUACGUACGUUCCCUCUCCACUCAUAAGCCGCCACCCUCAUAAUCACAAUUGGAUUACCGAAUUAGACUUUUUGGUGAUUUCCUUACUGAAACCCCUGCCAAAGUGAUUUCCGGAAAGUCUUAGCGUCACCCACCCUUCUGCAAUGGAAUCUAGUGUCUCUCUUUCCCUAGGACUGCAUAUAGAAUCCCUUGUUUGGCAUCCUUCUCGCCAGGUCUUGGUUUUCUUACAUUUUAGUGCCUCCGCGUACUCUAUGGUUCAGUGACAAAGAUAUACUUGCCACUCUCUGACUUGUCUAACGAUUCUCUUCAUUUUUACUGGCUCUCUUCCAUUCCUGCAAUGAUUUCCCUCCUCAUCUCCACUUUUUUGAUUCCUCGAAGACUCAGCUCAGACCUCUAUUUCUGAUUCCCUGCAAGCCCCCCCCCCCCCCCCCCCAUUGCCAGUGCCUUGCCUCUGAGAUGCCUUUUCAUUUACUCUGUUUAUGGAGCAGCUGGGUGGAUAGAGCAGUGGUCUGAAAAUGAGGAAGACUCAUCUUCCUGAGUUCAAAUCCAGCUUCAGACUUAUUGGGCUAAGUCAGUGAACUCAACUUGCCUCAGUUUCUUAUCUGUAAAAUAAGUUGGAGAAGGAAAUGCCAAACCACUCAAAUAGGGUUCAUGGAGAGUCAGACGUGACUGAAAAAAAUGGAACAAUGACAACUCUGUUUAUAAUCUCUACGUUGGUAGUUGUAGUUCUUGUCAUGUUAUUUUCCCUAUUAGGAUGUGUGUUCUUGAGACCAUUGAUCAGGUUUUUGCCUUUCUUUGCAUCUCCAGCACUUUGCACACAGUAAUUGUUUAUUGACUUGAAUUUCUUUUAUUCUUUUUGAUUUAGAAGGAAAUCUUAGUCCCUUAUCACUCUCUCACCUCCUAGGUAGGAAACCAAACUGUCCUGAGUUUUACUCUUUUGUCAUUCUUUCACUGCAUAUGCAUAGUUCAGACAAGUUUUCCAGGGGUCUCUUUACACACAGGGGAUACUGCUCAGAGUCCUAGACAAAUUUUCCUUUCAGUCUUUAUACCAAAAGACAUUUGAUAGACCCCAAUGUGGAUCCCUGAACUUAUUUUUUAAUUUGAUUUUUAAUUUAAAAAAUAAUUUUCCGUGCUUACAUGAUACAUUUUCUUUCCCUGCCCUCUUCCCUCCUCCCUCCUCCCUCCCAGAGCUGAUAAGCAAUUCCACUGGGUUAUACAAAUGUUAUAACUUGAUACCUAUUUCCAUAUAAUUCAUUUUUGCAAUAAAUCAUUCUUUUCAAACCAAAAUCCCAAAUCCUGUCGUAUAAAUAAAAUCAUGU